GAUUCUCUCCAUUUUUAUGUGAGGAGUGAGGACUUGUUUCGAGGUGAUGAGUAAAUAAAGUGAAAAUUAUUAAACACCAUGUCGAUGAAGCGCAUGAACAUGGGGGCAGGGGCAUACUCGAACAGGAGGGAGGGAUGUGGACGGGCACCACAGCGCGAAAUAAGCGGGGAGAGACAUUACGACUGAGGAAGGAAGGAAGGAUGCGACGUACACGAUGGUGGCGUGUGAGAUGUGAGUUAUGCGGAAAUCACCGCAAGCAGCUACGAAUAACAACCAGACCGGGCUACGUGUGCCUAGGCCACUGAGGUUUACACGCUCAUGCGUCUGCCACUUCUGUUUCGGUCCCGAGUCCCGAGCAGAUUCCACUUUCCUCAUGAUGAGACGCGCAUUGAUGGCAGACGACGAGCUGGGGAGUUUCAAGAGCUUCGUGUUCCGAGGUUCUGGAGAAAAAAUCAUUGCAUUCAAUUCUUGCUUUGUCAGGCUUCAAAUACCGUGAAGUUGCCAGGAUCUAACGAACCGCUGCUCGGGUCA